AAGAAAAAAUGCACAAAUUGUUCAUCAUAUUUGCUACUUUGAGUUACUUAAACAUAAUUGCCAUGGCUGGCUUGAUUGAAACACAUCACGUUGUUCAUGAACCAGUGGUGACAAAUGUCGGUACUGUGGUACAUAAUGCUCCAUCAGCCGUGUCCCAUCAAAGUCUUACACAGCGAACAAAUGGACGCAGCAUUGCAAAGGAACCCUGUUAG